AUGGCGGAUGGAAAUAAGAGGAGCCAAUCUUCUGAUGCCUUUAGUGACCUGUACAAACUAUCCAUACCAAAUCACCAUGAACCAGGAAGCCGGGACCUCCACCCUCACUUAGGCGCCCCUCCACCCCUCAUCUCCCCCAAACCUCCCCAGCCACCACGUGAACACCACCCUCCCACCACCCUGUGGAACCCUGCCUCUCUUAUAGACACCGCCUCAGAGUCCAGACGGAACCACGAGCCCUCAGGGAUGGGACACUACGAGCUCAGUCGGCUUCCCCCCGGGCACGCAAAAUAUGAGGACGGAGCGCGAAGGAGAGAAGGGGGAGUGAUGGAGAAGUACCCCCCACUGAGGGGUCCUCCGGGCCUGCCGGAACCCAGCACAUUCCUUGCUGAUCUGGAGAAAUCCACCCAGUCCUUUUUUAGCCAGCAGAGGGCAACCCUGUCCCUGCCCAGCCAAUAUGAAAUGGAGGGAGGCAUGAAGAGCAAUGCUGGACUGAAGAGCCUCCAGGGACACCCGGGGCACAGCAGACAUGGACAAGGGCUAGGAAUCCCCCCCGGGACAGGCAUGGGACAGGUAGCCAAUGUGGGGACGGGCCCAGAGACAAUGCUGAUCUAUGACGAAUACCUCCAGCAGCACCGGAGGCCUGUCAGCAAGUUAGACCUGGAGGAGAAGAGGAGAAAGGAGGCCAGGGAGAAAGGUUACUACUACGAGCUGGAUGACUCGUAUGACGAGAGUGAUGAAGAGGAGGUGAGAGCCCAUCUUAGGAGAGUAGCAGAGCAGCCGCCACUCAAACUGGAGGACUCCUCAGAGAAACUAGACUUCCUGGGAGUGUUUGGCCUGACCACAGUGGGCCGGCGCGAUGAGCUGGUGCAGCAGAAGAGGAGAAAAAGGAGGAGGAGGCUCAGGGAGCGCAGCCCCUCACCAUCUUGCUCGCAACCGAAACGCACUCCUCCGCCGGCGCCCCAACUCAGCACACGCUUCACCCCGGAGGACAUGAACCGAGCACCAGAGCUGGAGGAUAAGAAGCGAUUCCUCACCACGUUCAGUCUGUCCCACGUCACUGUGCAGCAGAGGAGAGAUUCUGCACUCGCCCAGCCUCCCUCUGAAUCAGAAGGCCAACACAGUGUCAGACCGCAGAGCCCCUCCUCAUAUCGCCCAGCGUCCCCCAAUGGUCACCCAAAACCCCUUGGGGAGACAUUAAGACCAAAGGAACCCCCUUCUCCAGCUGUCUACCCUGACAAGGCCCGGGGGCCCGGUGAGGGGCCGGUCUCUAAGAGGAGCUCCAGCCUGCUGAACAGCUUGCGCCCCCCCCUUCCCCUGCAGGCUAAAGAGGGUCCUCACAGCGUCAACGGGCGCACUAAACCCUGGGACAGCUUCACCCCGGAGGAAUUUGCCCAGCAGUUCCACGAAUCUGUGCUUCAGUCCACUCAGAAGGCUCUGCAGAAACAUAAAGGUGGAGCCGCGGGGAUGUCGGAGUCGUCCCACCUGCAGGAGUCCUCGGUCCACUACAACAUUCCGGAGCUUCAGAGCGCUCCUGGACGGCCGCCGCAGCAUUCACAAUCUCACUCCAACGCACAUCCAUUUCCCCACCCGCUCUCACACGCUCACCCUCAGCCCAACGGGCAGCACUUCUCUGCAGGCCUCCACCGGGAGGCCUCGGGGGCGAGGGAGGACCUGUCGGGUCCAGAGGACUCUGAGGAGGACCAGGAGGAGGAGGAAGAGGAGGCUCCCGUUUCCAAGUGGCAGGGGAUUGAGUCCAUAUUUGAAGCUUAUCAGGAAUAUGUUGAAGAGCAAGGUUUGGAGCGACACGUGUUGCAGAGCCAGUGUCGAAGACUAGAAGCUCAGAACUACAACCUCAGCCUGACCGCUGAGCAGCUAUCUCAUAACAUGGGGGAGCUGAUGUCCCAGAGGCAGAAGCUGGCAGUGGAAAGGGAGAAGCUCCAAGCCGAGCUGGAGCACUUCAGGAAGUGUUUGACGCUGCCACAGACACACUGGCCGAGAGGCGGCCAUUACAAGGGCUACCCUCCCAGGUGACCCCGACCCGCCGCCCUGAUGGCCCCCCGCCAUCCCCCUUCAGACUGAUACCCAGAGUUUAUUUUUCAUGGCCUGAUCCACAUGGUUCCAAGGAGGAGAAUAAGACUGGCUGGAUAAGAUGAAUGAAUGAAUUGAGUGAAUGGAUGAGUGGUGGAUGAACGCACAGCAGACAGGACAGUGAAGGACGGUGGCCAGGGACUGUGCCACUACCGUGUGCCAAUGUAGCCAACCCAGAGAGCAUGGGCCAGGAGCACCUGAAGAUCACCCAUAAUGCACCUGCUUGUCACUCUUCAGCCCCCUGCUGCUCUAUUGUUAAGUCCCUGCAUCCCUCCCGCCACAGCUACACAGACAAUCCUGCCAAUGAGGGGCCGCGGCCCCAGGGGGGGUGUCGUCCAGAGACUCGAACGCUUCGAAGGCUUCUGGCCAGUCGGGACUGAUCUUAUCACAGUGGCCACAUGAGCUUUUGAACUGGAAAUGCACUUAAGAAUAAAAGCUGAAGAACUACCUGGUGGUACUGUGUUACAACAAAGAACUGUUGGAAUUAGGGAAGAACUUAGAGAAUGCACAUUUUUUGGAAAGAAUUAAGGAAAUGUUUUAUUUCAAAAUAGAAAAUUUGAGAAUAAGAAUUCUAAAAGGUGCUUCAGCCUUGUAUUGUAUAUAAUAUGAAGACUUAAAAGAAUUUUGUAUGUUUUUAUUACUUUAAUCAUUGUUCUUUUAAAGAAAAAAAGCCUGCCAUUUUUAUAUGUUUAUGCUUUUUUGGGUUGGAAAAGAAAGCCUUGCUUUUAGUGUUUGUACUGCUGCUGGCCAGAACAGCUCAUUUUGAGACAUUUAACAGUGAGAGAGAGAACAGGAUAUAUUCCUCCUCUCACUCUCCUCACCCAACCACAGCGUCCGAGCUCAGCAGAGCUCACUGAGGUCUUGAGAAAUGGCACCCACCUUCUCACCCCUCCCUUCACAGUAACAUGUCACCCAGCAUCCACUCCUCUGCUCAGCGUCACUGCUGCUGGCAGGACUAGUUAGCUAAUGAUGUUCUCAUACUGAAACCAGAUGAAACCCACAGCGACAGUUUUUCUUUUUUGACUUUGGUCACUUGACAUACUUGAUUUUGUAAAGACAUGAAGAGUCUCUUAAGCAGCCAGCUGAUGAAACUGGUUAUUAUUGCUUUAUCCUACCGUUGGACCUUUCACUCCACACUCUGACAUUAUAUUGCAUUAGACUCCAACAAUAUCACGGUUUGCAUAAUGUUUUGCCUUACAAGCCCUUAUCAGCAGCCAUGAGAGGACAUGGUGCCAAAAUUAAAUAAACUGAAUCAUUUUGGAUUGUUCAUUUGUAUUUGAGUUUCAAUAAGGUAGCCAAACGUUCAAAACAGAAUGGCCAUCUUCCUCUGCAGUUGCCAACACAUUUUAAAAAAAGCCUUGAAAUCACACUAGAAUAAAACUUGAUAAAAUAUAAAGGUGUAUUUAGCCGUCCCCAUGUACAACCUGCCCACAGUUCAUCCCCGGAUUCAGCCAAACGUUUUCCUGACUUCCUCCAAUUAAAAGUGGCAUUGAUCAUUGUUUUGAAUUUAAAACGCUGCACAAGCUAUUGUGGUGGGAAAGUUGGUGUCAGAAUGGGGGCAUUCAAUACUUCAAAGUAAAUCUUGAUUCACUUUUUCAAAUGUGCAAAAUAACUAAUUUAUAAAGACAAAAGCACAGCCACCCCUACAUACAGCAUAUUAAAUACAAGUGCCUCAAGAAGUUGGGAGCAUGUGAAUGAGUUGCAGUCCACAUGAUGUUAAUUCUAC